AUGCCAUAUUUGAUCUAUUUAGAGCGACCCUUACGACGAGAAUCUAGAAAAUGCCAAGAAACAAUAGAAGGCCAUUACCAAGCCGCAUCAUCCACAACUCUUACCGCUACCGCAAUAAUCUUCGUCUUUUCAUCGAUCAAGCAACAUGCAACCAAUUCCGAAACUCAGCUGCCAGUAAAGGUGUCGACCUUCUGCAGGAUAUUCACUAAGCAUGACUUCACAACCUACAGACUUCUACCGUCGGUCAUCGUAACAGACGGAAAUCCAUCCGUGUCUGAUAGCUGCCAAUUCAACAUUAUUCAAGUCGACCAUUCCCGCAUUUGGACGAUUAUCCAUCAAGCAUACACGGCAUCUACCCCACAGGACGCAUUUCCGUCUCAUCUUAUAGGACAUCUUUCUAAAACCCUUAAUUUCUCGUGGAAAGUCAUCCAUUAUUCGAUAUGCUCGCAGAAAAUAGAAGACGAUAUGGACGGUAGGGAAUGGGAAAUCAGCCAAACAACCCAACCGACGCUCACAAGAUCAAGCUCAUAA